UUGUGACGCCUGCUUCCUUGUUUUCAACGCAGCGCGGGAGAUUCAGGAGGAGUCGAUUCACUUUGUGUCGCCUGCCGGGAGAUUUUUUGCCAUCAUGCCGUGUGAAAGGAAGCCUAUGCGCUACGGACACUCAGAAGGACACACUGAAGUCUGCUUCGAUGACACUGGGAAGUUCAUUGUAACCUGUGGAAAUGAUGGCGAUGUUCGGAUUUGGGAGAGUCUGGACGAUGACGACCCAAGGUUCAUCACUGUCGGCGAAAAAGCUUAUUCUCUGGCACUCAAGAACGACAAGCUUGUGACCUCAAGUUCCAACAACACGGUGCAGAUUCACACGUUUCCUGACGGCGAUCCAGACGGCAUCCUUACCCGGUUCACGACCAAUGCCACGCAUGUCUCCUUCAACGCCAGUGGCUCGAAAGUUGCUGCUGGCUCUAGUGACUUCUUGGUUAAGGUGGUGGAAGUGUCUGACAGCAGCCAGCAGAAAACCCUGCGGGGCCAUGAAGCGCCUGUGCUAAGUGUGGCCUUUGACCCUAAAGAUGAUUUUCUGGCUUCUGCCAGCUGUGAUGGCUGUGUGGUGGUGUGGAAUAUUGAAGAGCAGACUCAAGUGAUCAGCUGGCCUCUGCUGCAGAAGACCAACGACAUCAGUAACGCAAAAUCAUUGUGUCGCCUGGCCUGGCAGCCUCUCACAGCAAAGUUUUUAGCCGUUCCGGUGGAUACCAAGGUUCACCUGUAUGAGAGAGGGUCCUGGGAUCACGUGAGCACCCUGUCUGAUGAUCUGCUGACUCAGCCCAUCAAUGUGGUGGCAUGGUCCUCGUGCGGACAGUUUCUGGCAACAGCCAGCGUGGGGGGCUUCAUACUAGUGUGGAACGUGAACAGCAAACUAUGUGUGGAAAGGCAUAAACAUGAGAAGGGCUUUACAGUGUGUGCUUUAGCAUGGCACCCAUCUGGCCGUAAGAUUGCUUACACUGACAUUGAGGGCUGCCUGGGCCUACUGGAUGGUUUCAGCACAUCUACGUCCAACACCCCCAAGGCUGCCACAGAAAAAAGCGAGAGGGGCUACGACGACCUAUUUGAUGAUGAUGGUGAUGACCAGCUUUUGGAUGAAAGAUGGAGUGAUGCCAAGUCCCCCACUAAGAAAGCAGUCAGUGGGUUCAAGGAGGAGGAUGAUGGCGGCGACGGCGACGGCGGCGGCGACGACGACGAUGAUUUCCUGAUGCCUGCAACAGGCCGUGUGAGGAACAGAGGUGCAAUCCUGGAUGAUGAAAAUUCACUUGAUGCAGGCUUGCUGAAGCUUGAUCAAGAUGAGUUUGGAGUUAACGAUGGCACUGACAGUGGUGUGAUGCCUGCCGUGGCUCCGUCAGCUACCAUGCGUCCCGUCUACGAUGGGCCUCAGCCGACGCUCCCCCAGAAGGCCUUUCAACCAGGCUCUACUCCGAUGCAUCUCACUCACCGCUUCAUGAUGUGGAACUCUGUCGGCAUAGUUCGAGGCUACAACGACGAGCAGGACAAUGCCAUCGACGUGGAGUUUCAUGACACAGCCGUGCACCACGCCAUGCACCUUACCAACUCGCUGGGGCACACCAUGACUGAUAUUUCCCAGGAGGCGGUGCUGCUGGCCUGCCCCGGCACAGACGAGCUUGCAAGUAAGCUGCAGUGCCUCCACUUCUCAUCAUGGGACACCAACAAGGAGUGGAUGGUUGACCUGCCCAAGGGUGAGGAUGCAAAGGCGCUGUGUCUCGGUCAGGGCUGGGCGGCGGUCGCCACUAGCGCUCUCAUGGUCAGAUUCUUCUCCAUCGGCGGAAUUCAGAGGGAUAUCUUCAGCCUGUCGGGGCCUGUUGUCUGUAUGGCGGGACAUGGAGAGCAGUUACUCAUUGUGUACCACAGAGGGACAGGUUUUGAUGGGGAGCAAAUGCUUGGCGUGCAGUUGCUGCAGUUGGGUCGAAAGCCGAGGAAAAUUAUCAACGGCGAACCUCUCCCACUCUCACAAAAAUCUUUCCUGUGCUGGCUCGGAUUUUCUGCUGAAGGUACCCCGUGUUAUGUGGAUUCUGAGGGGGUGGUGCGAAUGCUGAAUCGUUCCUUGGGCCUCACAUGGACACCAGUUUGCAACACCAGAGAGACGUGCAAAAGCAAAUCAGACCACUACUGGGUCGUUGGGAUGCAUGAGAACCCUCAGCAACUCAGGUGCAUACCAUGUAAAGGCUCCAGGUACCCACCCACCCUUCCUAGACCUGCAGUGGCCAUCCUGCCAUUCAAGCUGCCACUGUGUCAGACAACUACAGAGAAAGGACAGAUGGAGGAACAGUUCUGGCGUUCCGUGCUCUUCCACAACCACUACAACUUCCUGUCGUCCAGCGGUUACGAAGUGGACGAGGAUGGACAGAGUCAGUCGCAGAAAGAACAGCAGGAGCUGCUCAUGAAGAUGUUUGCAUUGUCGUGUAAGCUGGAGCGAGAGUUUCGCUGUGUGGAGCUGGCGGAGCUCAUGACUCAAAACGUGGUGACACUGGCCAUUCGAUAUGCGUCCAGAUCCAAACGCAUGGUCCUCGCACAGCGGCUCAGCGAGAUUGCUCUUGAAAAAGCCGGUCAGAAUCAAGAUGACGAAGAGGAGGAUGCGACGGAAUACAACGACAUCAGGCGGACUCCAUCUGGGUAUGACCAGACCGAGGUCAAAGAAAAACAUUACAACAGACAAGAGGGUGAACCUGGCCAAGAGCCCGAGGAACACGAGGACCAACAGGAAACGGAAGCUGAGGAUGAAGCAGAUGGCCCAAAACGUCUGAACCCGUUUGCCAAAGGGCAAGGAUCACCUUCAAAGCAGGCCACUCCACCCCCUGCUAAGCUUGGCCGUUCCAACCCUUUCAAGGUUCUAUGUUCAGGGAAGUCCUCUUCUGUUUCCGGGCAGCCUCGUGUGGCAAACAUCCUGGACAACAUGACGUCCAACAGGAAGUCAGCUCCACUCAGCGCAACUGCAGGGAAGUCAAACAAAAGCCCUGUCCUCAAACCACUCCCCCCGCGGCCAAAGACAAAGGCACAAUCUACUCUGCUGCAGAUGACCGGUGCAAAGGCAGCCAGUAAGAAGACUCGGGAGAGCUUGGAGACCAUUGCAGAUAAACAGAAGCAGCCUGACCUGGCGACAGCUCCCUCACCGACUGACAAGUCCGAAAUUAAAAGACCUAAAACAGGCUUUCAGCUGUGGUCGGAGGAGAACCGGAAGAACAUCAUAGCAGACCACCCUGAUCUGGAGGAGACGGACAUCAUCAAGGAGGCAAUGGGGCGCUUCAGGAGUCUGUCAGCUGAGGAGCGGCUGUCCUGGACAGAGCGAGCAAAAGGCCUGACUGUCGACGCAACGGACCUGAAGAAGAGGAAGCGAGCAGAGGCAGGAGAUGUGGAAAAUGAAAUUGGGCCAGCAGAUGCUGAUGAAAAAAAUGCCAAGAAGAAGAAAGCAUUGGAUACUUCCAAGCUUUCUGCAUUUGCUUUUCACAAGAACUGAUUGGCUUGAUGGUUCUGAUUCAGUUCUGAUUCAAAUGAGAAACUGUGUUUAGUCUUCCCAACAAAUUGACUGUGUUGAUGUCCUCUGGUUCUUAAAAGUCAGUCACCCCCAAUGGCUGGCGUUAUGAAUACUUUGCUUGCGUGCUGCUUUUUAUGUUUUUUAAUGGUUCAAUAAAAAAAAGCA